AGAAAGACAAAAUAUGUUACGUCAUGUCCGUUCGUGCAUUUUGGAUCGCGAAACGCUAGAGUAUUUGUUGCUCAUCAAUGUUAACUAAUACGAUACACAGUGAUUAACCCGUUUUGGCUUGGGUUUGUUGAGUUGUUCUAUUUUGGGGGAUUGCAUCAGCAGCAGGCGAGUCGUCAUUGCAACUACAGACAAAUCACAAUGGCAUCGGGAGGUGGUUCAACAACAAUGCAUGUUGGUGAUAUUGAGGAGGAUGCAUCCCAAUUACUUUUCCCAAAGGAAUUUGAGAAUGCAGAGACACUCCUCAACUCCGAGGUGCACAUGCUCUUGGAGCAUCGUAAGCAGCAGAACGAGAGCGCUGAGGACGAACAAGAGCUUUCAGAGGUUUUUAUGAAGACGCUCAACUACACUGCACGUUUUAGCCGAUUUAAAAACAGAGAAACGAUAGCUAGUGUGCGCAGCUUACUUUUACAGAAGAAGCUGCAUAAAUUUGAGCUGGCAAGUUUGGCCAAUCUAUGUCCUGAAGCAGCAGAGGAAGCAAAAGCCCUCAUACCAAGUCUCGAGGGACGUUUUGAAGAUGAGGAGCUGCAGCAGAUUCUGGAUGACAUUCAGACAAAAAGAAGUUUUCAAUACUGAAUAGGGAACACUCGAUGGGCCCAUUGUGUUUAAUUGAGUGAAACACUGAACAUCUUACAAGAACACUGAUCAUUUUACCGUGCUGAUGUUCCUCCAUUUGAGACUUAGAAUUUAGUGGUGAACGAAAACAAAUACAGCUGAUUGAGAUGAGAGAAACAUUCCUGUAAAUAAUUAACAAAUAAACCUCUGAAAUGCCUUUU